CCACUUGGUGACCACUGUUUCCCCUCGGGUUUAGGGUUUGGUUUUAGUGCAGUUGGGGACUUAAUUAUUUUUCGCUCGGUCCUGCGCGGUUGUCUUAAACAGUCCUAAAAUCAGCCAUCAUCAUGUCCAACAACAACGCCAGCAACAACUUAAUUAUCGCUCAGAGGGCCGUGAAGCAGCUCCGGUUAGAGGCCAGUAUCCGGAGAAUCAAGGUGUCGCAGGCUGCUGCUGAGCUGAGAAACUUCUGUCUGCAGAAUGCCUCCAAGGAUCCUCUCCUGAUGGGGGUUCCUUCCAGUGAUAAUCCCUUUAGACCACCAAAGUCCUGCUCCCUGUUCUGAG